GUGGGGGAGACCCCCCGUGCGUGGGCGCUGAUACCCGGAGCCGGAGCCGGCAGAGGGCGCUCCGGGCUCGCCGGACACCGCGCUCCGGCCCCUGCGGCGAUAUUCCGCCGUGCGGACAAAAAUGAUGACGGGAAGUUAUCCUUGGAGGAAUUCCAGCUCUUCUUUGCAGAUGGCGUCCUCAACGAGAAAGAACUAGAGGGUCUCUUCCACACCAUCGACUCCGACAAUACCAACCAUGUGGACACCAAGGAGCUGUGUGAUUACUUUGUGGACCACAUGGGGGACUACGAGGACGUCCUGGCCUCCCUGGAGACCUUGAAUCACUCUGUCCUGAAGGCCAUGGGCUACACCAAGAAGGUGUAUGAGGGUGGGAGCAACGUGGACCAGUUUGUGACACGCUUCCUCCUGAAGGAGACGGCCAAUCAGAUCCAGUCCCUGCUGAGCUCGGUGGAGAGUGCGGUGGAGGCCAUCGAAGAGCAGACCAGCCAGAUCCGACAGAACCACAGCGUGGUGGAGACCUGGUCUGGGAGCUCCACUCCCGUCUACGCCCACAACCACAAGCUCACGGCCGUGGAGCAAGGGAAGAGCUUCCCGCUUGUCACCUCAGACUCCAGGGAGGAGGGCCUGGAAGCCCAGAUCAGCAGGUUGGCGGGGCUGAUAGGACGGCUGGAGAGCAAGACCCUUUGGUUUGACUUCCAGCAGCAUCUCUCGGAUGAAGAAAGCACCAACAUGCAUCUGCAGCUGGUCCGGCAGGAGAUGGCCGUGUGCCCUGAGCAGCUGGUCGAGUUCCUGGACUCCCUGCGUCAGUACCUGAGGGGCACCGCCGGAGCCAGGAACUGCUUCCACAUCGCUGCCGUGAGGCUGGCGGACGGCGUCACCUUCGUGGUCUACGAGUUCUGGGAGACAGAGGAGGAGUGGAAGAUGCACCUGCAGAGCCCCGUGUGUAAGGCGUUCCGGCACGUCAAGGUGGACACGCUGAGCCAGCCCGAGGCCCUCUCCCGGAUCUCCGUGCCAGCUGCCUGGUGCACCCUGGGUCGUGACUGAGCCCCUGCCGCCCUGCUCCCUCUGAUGAAGGACGUGCACUCUUUUCUAGAAACUGUGGUACAUGAGCUGUCUUUUCAGUAGAAGGUCUUUUCCUGCUGGUUGAAGUGAAGGCGAACCCCCGCCCUGGCACUCCCCCGCCCCGAUUGUGGACAGAGCAGCAUCGAGCUGCUGGGCCUGCUGCAGCCCGAGGGCGGCAGUGAGUGAGGGGGGAGCGGCCCCGCCCCCAGCGCAUGGCCACACAGGACCAGCCCCCACGUCCUCGGCCGGGCUCGCCCCUCACCCUUCUCUCCCCUCCUGGUUGCCACUCCUCCUCCUGCGAGGAGCUGGGACCCUGUGGUGACCCCCAGGCCCGGGCCGAGCCCGCAGGCGGCAGUAGACCCCAUGUAGCCA